AUGUUAGGCCAAUUACCAAGUUUCUUGGUAGUUUUAUUAUUCCAAUUUAUUGCAGUCUCUGCUUAUAAUAAAAUCUCAUUUACUAAUGUUGGUUUCUCUGGUAGUUUUCUGAACGUUAAGAAGAUUUCUGAUCCUACUAAUGACAAAUGUACUUGUGAGUUAGAUACUUCUCGUACUUAUUUUUCAGGUACCAACGCUCCAUUAUCUGAAUACUUAUCUGUUCAUUUCCGUGGUCCUUUAACAUUAAGCAAGUUUGGAUUCUAUACAUCUUCUUCUUUUGUUAUUAAUAAUACUAGAUCUUCUGCUGACUGGACUCGUAAUGCUUAUUAUGAUUCCUCUUCUCAAACCUCACAAAAUGUCACUUUCUUAACAAAUGCCGGUGAACAAUCUCCAUGUUUGGGUAAUGCUUUAACUUAUUUGGCUUCAAAUGGUUCAGGUGCUGCUGGUUCUUCUCAAAUUCUAGAAGACAACAAUUUAAUCGCUUCAGACAAAGAAUAUGCCAUCUUCUCUAAUAUAUCUUGUCCAAAGUCUGGUGAAAAAGAAGGUUGUGGUGUUUAUCGUAAGGAUAUCCCAGCUUUCUAUGGGUUUGGUGGUGUUACUAAAAUGUUCUUAUUCGAAUUUGAAAUGCCUACUGAAACUCAGCAAAACAGUACUUCUUUUGGUUAUUAUGAUAUGCCAGCUAUCUGGUUAUUGGAUGAUCAUAUUCCUAGAACUUCUCAAUACCCAACAAACUCCAACUGUUCUUGUUGGGCAAGUGGUUGUGGUGAAUUCGAUAUUUUCGAAGUCAUGAACAGUACACAAUUAAAUGAUUUGUACUCAACUUUCCAUACUUUCCAAGGCACCGAUGACUUGCACAACGGUUUACAAGCUAGCGGUUCAAUUCCAAGAGACACUUCAGGUGUUAUGAGAGGUGGUGUAGUAUUUGACUCAAGUGGUAACACUAUUUCCUUCAUUUCAAACUCCACUGUAUUUGAUGAAUCUAUUUCAGCAAGUGCUCUAAACUCUUUGUUAGCCAAUAUUGCUAACAACGAUACCUUCUCAACUCAAUUGGCCUCAGUAGCUGCACCAUCAUCUACUGGUACUGCUAGAUCCAACGGUAUUUCUGCUUUCGAAAAGAGAGAUGGUUUAUGGAUCUCUGUUAUCUCUAUAGCUACUGCUGUCGUCCAUAUGUUAUUAUUAUAA